AAUUCCGCAGCUUUUCAUACGUAGCUCUAACAUCCUGGCUGACGGUUUGUAAGACGGAGCCAAAGCCGGUUUAUUGAUUUAUUGCUCUGGAAAUCUGUCACACCACAGAAAGAUGACUACCAGACACGAGUUUAAAGUGGAGAUGACAUGUGAGGGGUGCUCGGGAGCAGUCACCAGAGUCCUCAAUAAACUUGGUGAUGUCAAAUUUGACAUUGACCUACCCAAGCGCCUAGUCUGGAUCGAGUCGGACAAGGAUGUUGAUGUUCUUCUUGAAACGUUGAAGAAAACUGGAAAAGGUGUCACGUACAAUGGCCCCAAAUAAGGAUGCCUGACUAGCUCUUUAUAAACAGGUGCUUUUUGCUGAUGAUGCAAAGUGAAGAAUCAUCAACAGUCAUGAAAAGCCCUUUGAAAUUGUGGAAGAAACAAGACAAUUGGGGAGGAGUUGCUCUUUAUAUGCUGAACUUGAUAUCGCAUUUGCUUCAUCCUCUAGGUAGAGAUAGCAUGUGGUGUUGGUGUGUCCCAAUAUUCUUAAGAUGCCAAUUCUGAGCGGUCAACAGUAUUUUCUUUUUGCCAAGUUAAUUUAGAUCAAUACCACCAGAAGAAAUUAUACAUGAGUGCUAACUUGCUCAGUUGAAUGGGCAUUGUCAACCGAAAAGUAACGGCGGGUCCUUUGUAAACACUUCCUCUUCUGGUGUGUAGUGAUAAAUGUUCAAAAUGGUUGUAUUCAUUUGAUAUCAUAUGUUCAAUGAGCUUACACUAAACAUGUUAUUUACUAACCGUACAAGUAAAAUAGAAAAUAGGAAUAGUCACAUUACUCUUACUGUGCACAUGGAAAACUUAGCCAAUAUCAUGGUCAUACUUUACUAAUGGUUUAUUUUUUACAAAAGUCAUUACACUUAUCUACUAUUGUAUUGAUACGACAUACACUAUUGUAUUCAAAGUUUUGUCCUCAAUUCUUGGCUAGCUCAUACAAAUACACUAGAACUGAAUGGCCCACAAACGAUGCGAGCACAAAAGCUAACAUUCCAACGACAUGUCUUUGCGUUAUUAAUACAGUUACAGAAAUGAUCAAAAUGGGAUUCAAGCAAAUGGCUGAAUCCCAUUUGAAUCCUAGACCAGAUCUCAUGUGCAACUUCACCACAGACCCAUAACAGUCACAUCUUCUGGGAUCACUGGAUUUAGUUUAAAAAAAGCAUUUGUAUCUUGACGAUCAACAUGAAACACUCAAUACCAUUGCGAUAGCAGAAUUGUUGGGAGGUAUUGCUUUGCCUUAACUUAAAUACCUUUUGUUAUUUACACUUUGUUGGGUAGUAAAAAAAUGAAAUAAUGUAUAUCUAGAUGAUGUCUAAGAUCCCUCACAUGUAUGUAAAUUAAAAGAUUUCCACUACA